AUGGCGACCUCGUCUGAGAGCGGUUUGUGCCGAAAAGAUGGCCCGAUGUCAUGGCCCCUAUGGUGGCGUUUCAUCAUGAUGGGUAAUCUAUCCUUCUUCGUCAUGAUGGGCCAAGUUUUGGGUGCUUCCAUUCCACCAAUGCUUCUUCCCCUCGUGAAGGACAUGCAUGUGAGCAGCACAAAGAUCUCUCAACUCGCGAGCUGGGGAACUCUUUGCAUUGGUCUCGGAAAUGUCUGGGCGCUUCCCACCGUCGCAUAUGUCGGUAGCCGUUAUACCAUCCUCAUCGGUCUCGCAGUAUUCACGGCUGGCUUCUUCUGGCAAGCCAGAGCGCAAUCGUACGAAUCUCUACUCGCAGCUCGUGUCAUCGGCGGUUUGGGCGGUGGUGUCGUUGAGGCACUAGGCCCAGUCGUCGUGGUGCUCCUAUUUCCCCGCGAGUACGUCGCCCGAGCCAUGAGCGUAUACACAUGGGCCUUGGGUACUGGUGCCGUCUUCGGUCCUCUAAUUACUGGCUAUGCUGUCGAUAAUCUGGGCAGCUGGAGGUAUCCAAACUAUAUCUUCGGUGGCAUCUGUGCUCUCAACCUUGUGGCCAUGAUCUUGAUGUUUCCUGAGCCUCUUACCAACAUUCGAGUCCCUGGUGACCCAGAACCUUCCGAUAUCGCCAUCGAGUCAGGUGAUGAAGAACAAGUCGGGGAGCCAAAGGAGCCUUUGGAAGAGGUUGGAAAUUCUCAGCAAUAUGAGACUCGCCCGGCUUCAGUGGCCACAUUCGAGCCAUGCAAGCCCGGCGCACUCUGGUUAAGACGGUCAUUCUUUCUCACACUCAAGCACAACCAGCCACCGCCAAACUUCUUCUAUCUUGUCGUGGAACCAUUCAAAAUACUCGUUUCUCCCGCUGUAAUCAUCACAGUCCUUUUGUUCGGUAUCUCAAUCGCCGGCACCAUCGCCACUUCGAUCCUAGUUUCAGUCACCUUCUCCCAGCCCCCAUGGCUCUGGACAUCGGGCCAGGUCGGUCUCUACAAUAUUGCCCCCCUGCUGGGGUUGAUAGCUGGUAUGCCUUUUGGUGGCGCUGGAGCAGAUUGGCUUGCUGAGAGACAUUUGCGACGCCAUGGCGAGUUCAAGCCCGAGUCAGUACUGCCGAUCCUUUUGCCAUUCGCCAUCGCAACACCGAUAGCUACGACGCUCAUAGGUGUUGGCUUCCAGCGCAACUGGCACUGGGCUAUCGUUGGACUCUUCUGGGCCAUUCUCAAUGCCAAUCUCACCGGAGGCUGCAACGUCAUGAUCUCUUACUGCACUGAGAGCUACCCCAAGAAGGCCAUUCAGAUUGGUGUCGUCGUUAAUGUUAUCAAGAACGUUAUUGGCUUUGGAGUAUCUUACAGCACUCUGGGUUGGUGGAUGAAGGACAAGUACUUCAUGUUCUUGACUAUUGCUAUGGUUAUUUUUGUACUUUUUAUUGCUUCCGUUCCGUUGUGGAUUAGUGGACCGGGGAUUACUCGCAAGACUAAAACGUGGGUUGCUUAUGAGGAAGAGUAG